AUGGUCGAGUUCGCCCAAUACACGCCUGGCAUGGCUCACGACUUUGAGCUCUACUCCCACAACCAAGAGCAGCAGCACCUGGACUUUCAACACAACCAAACCUUCAUGCCUACCUCAACAUGUGCCAUGGACCAUACCUUCAGUGCUCCCUUUGACCCAAUGGCCCCUCUCACAGAGAUGCAAAGGCCCCAAGAUCUUCACUUCCACUACGAUGUCAUUGCACAAGGCGUCAAGCCCUACCAAUACCAAACACCAGCCGGAUCACCCCACUCAACCUCAAACUCCUUCCAUGAGAUGCCCCCCGUCCUCUCAGCAUCCUCAGAGUCUGGCGCUUCAGUGUCUUCAUCAGCCAUGGGCUCCCCGUCGCUUGUUCCCCAGUUCAACUCGUGGCAACCAAUGCCCAUGGGACUCACAUCCGGCUAUGAAUACCCAGGCAUGAUCGCAAACGAGAAGUCGUAUGUGGAUCCUAAUCUCAUUCAGCCAUUCACAUUCCCGCCCCACAGCCCUUAUCCUGAGAUCAGGACUACACCUUCUCCCUACUUUCCAGUCAUCGAGCAACCACCCUCGCCAGCUCUCUCUCAUCUCUCUUCAAAGAGCCAGCACCCAGGCUCCGCACGGGUCAAGAGGGGUAGCGCUAGUCCUUAUCUCCACACUCAACAAUAUCAACCAUACCCCAUGUUCAACGGCCAACGGCGGAGCUCCGUCAACUCUCUCCACUCACAAAACUCUGGCACUAGCCGCAAGAGCGCUAGCAGCUACGACUUGGAUGACGAGACACGUGAGAAGGGCAUGUGCCCACUGCCAGAGUGCGGCCGUGUUUUCAAGGACCUCAAGGCACACAUGCUUACCCACCAAAACGAGCGGCCUGAAAAGUGCCCAAUUGCGACCUGCGAGUACCACAUCAAGGGAUUCGCCAGGAAGUAUGACAAGAAUCGACACACCCUUACGCACUACAAGGGUACCAUGGUCUGCGGUUUCUGUCCAGGCAGUGGUUCGGCGGCUGAAAAGUCGUUCAACCGCGCCGAUGUCUUCAAGAGGCACCUCACAUCUGUCCACGGCGUUGAGCAAAACCCUCCCAACAGCCGCAAGAAGAGCCCUUCUGGUCGCAAGUCUUUUGGUGGCUCGCAACCCAGUGUUGCUGGUACUUGCUCGACUUGUUCAGUAACCUUUGCCAACGCACAAGAAUUCUACGAGCACUUGGACGACUGCGUGCUGCGCGUCGUACAACAAGCCGAUCCUACAGAGGCCAUCAACCAGCGCCUCCUCACCUCUGUCGCAGAGGACAAGGAUGUCACCGAGACUCUGGACCGCAACGGUCUGUCCAAGAGCAUCGAGUACACUGUCCCCAACUACGAAGACGACGAGGAAGACGACGAGGAAGAAGAUGAGAUUGACAACGACGACAAGGAUGACGCCACAUGGGGUAGCCGUGGUGUUGCUAUCAGCACUGCCGGACGCAAGAAGCGCAAGAAUUACCCUGUCUCUUGGGGUUGCGCAACCGACAAGAUGAAGAUGAAGAAGCGCGUCCUUUGUGUAUACGAUGGACAACGCCGACUGUGGAAAGACGACAUGAUGCUGGACCAAGAGUUCGAAGUACGCAUGAAGCUGCCUGAUGGCAAGUCCUAUGUCACAGACUUGGAUGUGCAGACGCUUAACCGCGCCGAGGCGUUGCAUGGCGCCACUGCUGAAGAGAGGGGUGACUGGGUGCCCAAUAACAUAAUCGGUAGCAGUGCACCGGCUAUGGAGGCGAUGCCGCUUGAAUGGGCAAUGUAA